AUGACGCGUCUGAGUCCCGUGCUGCAACGUAUGUACUUUGCCAUUGUGCACCCCCUGUGCGCCCGCCUGUCCCGGUGGCGUUCUGUGGCCAUCAUCGGGGCGCUCUGGAGCUGCUCAGCGCUGCUAUCUCUUCCGCCUCUCUUGUACUCCCGCACCCGCUCCUACCGGUACGCCGACGGGAGCGUGCGCACCGUGUGCAUCCUCGUGUGGCCCGACGGCCCGCCGUACACCUCCUACGACGACUAUGUAUACAAUGUGCUGUUCCUGGUCCUGACAUACGGUGUUCCCGUGACCACGCUGGCUCUCACCUACUGGCGCAUGAGCUUGGUGCUCUGGGGCGAAAAGUGCAUCGGCGAAUUUACCCGGCAGCAGGAAAACGCCCACCGCAGCAAGCAGAAGCCCUGA